AGCCAUGAUUGCUGUAUAGACUGGGGAGCUUGUAUGUGUGUGCGUGUAUGACUCUGUGUGUGUGUGUGUGUGUAUGUGCGCCUAUGUGCGUGGAUGGGAAUGUGCCACCCUCCAGCGCCUGCCUGAGCCCUUAGCCAGCGCCUGAUUGUCUCCUUGCAGGAACAAUGUGGGGUUGCGCUGGGGGUCCCAGAAUCCUGUCCCCGCCUGUGCAAACCGUGUGAAAGGCAGAUUUUGCAAGAAGGGGGCAACGCACGGAGGAGGAGGAGGAGUGUGUCCGUAGCAGGAGGAGGGGUGGAAAAAAGGAAGCCCUCAUGGAAGUAUGAAGGAGAUGGUGGGAGGCUGCUGUGUUUGUUCUGACGAGAGAGGAUGGGCAGAGAACCCGCUGGUCUAUUGCGAUGGACACGGUUGCAACGUGGCUGUACAUCAAGCUUGCUAUGGAAUCGUCCAGGUUCCCACCGGACCCUGGUUCUGUCGAAAAUGUGAAUCUCAAGAGAGAGCCGCCAGGGUGAGAUGUGAGCUGUGUCCCCACAAAGACGGAGCCCUGAAACGGACCGACAAUGGAGGCUGGGCCCAUGUCGUCUGUGCUCUGUACAUCCCUGAGGUGCAGUUCGCCAACGUGCUGACCAUGGAGCCGAUUGUCCUGCAGUACGUCCCUCACGACCGUUUCAGCAAGACUUGCUAUAUCUGCGAAGAGCAAGGCAGGGAGAGCAAAGCAGCCUCUGGGGCUUGUAUGACCUGCAAUCGACAUGGCUGCCGGCAAGCCUUCCAUGUCACCUGUGCCCAGAUGGCGGGCCUCUUGUGUGAAGAGGAAGUCCUGGAAGUCGACAAUGUCAAAUAUUGUGGCUACUGCAAGUAUCACUUCAACAAAAUGAAGACAUUGCGUCACUCUGGAGGCAGCUCCUUCAUCACUGGGAGAAGAAGCCGGUCUGUGUCACCCGCUCAGGAGAAGCCUGUCUCCCACCAUGAGAGGCCAAAGAAGAGUCGGAAGGACAAGGAAAGACCUAAACAGAAGCACAAAAAACAUCCGGAGUCUCCCACCAGCCUCGCCCCGUCCUCUGUGCCCGUCCCUGCUGAGAAGGGUUCCACCGGCCACCAUGAAGGUAGCAAAGAGACCUCGGAGGUCAGCAGGUUAGAGGUGAAAGGGAAGAAGUCCUCAAGCCAUGGCACCAGCCACAAGGGGAAAAAGACGGGAAGUGGGAAAAGCUCCACCAGCUUCACCUCAGCUCCCUCCAGCAGCACUUUCCAGCCUGCAGGCACCUCAUGCAGCUCCCUGCAGGGCUCCCAGGAUUUUGUGACAUUCCCCAAGCUCGAGCAGGAAGAAGAGAAGUACCGGAAGCCCGUCUCCUCCUCUUCCUCCUCUUCCCACUGCUCCCCGCUGUACGAAGGACAGAAAGGGGACGUCUUCGAGCAGAAGGUCAUAUUCUCGGGCUUCGGCUCUAUCAUGCGCUUCUCCACCUCGGCGGUGAGCCAGCAGCGGGGCCGCGUUGCCUCCCCCGUGGACUACAAGGCCUCGAACCCAGUCAGUGGCCCCUCGGGGGGAGGCGGUGGCACUGGCGGCGGCAGCCACAAGCGCAUGCCCUCCCUCAGCAUCGAGGAUGGGGAGGUGCUGAAGGAGAAGAAGCACAAAGGCAGCAAGAAAAGCAAGCACGGGCCUGGCAGGCCAAAGGGAGGCAAGAACAAGGAGAUGCUGGGCACCCAGCUGGCUGGGUCCACGUCUACCUCCUCCUCACCCUUCUCCGGGGGCUCCCUCGUCAGCUCCAGCAUCGGCAACUCAUCCCGGUCCUUCAGCCACACCGGGACCCUGCCCAGCCUCAGCCUGGAGUCUCCCCUGCUGGGCUCAGGGAUCUACACCAGUAACAAGGACCCCAUUUCCCAUGGGGGUGGGGUGCUCCGGGCCGUGUGCAGCACCCCCCUCUCCUCCAGCCUCCUCGCACACCAAGGCACCUCCUCGCUCCCACAGCUCAACCGCUCCCCUUUUGCUAGCUCCAUCCCAGCCUCCUCCUCUUCCGCGGUGUCCACCACCCAGGUGUUCUCGCUGGCAGGAUCCACCUUUAGCCUCCCCUCUUCGCACAUUUUCGGAAGCCCCCUGACCUCUGGCCUGUCUAUGAACCCUCUUUUGAACCAGUCUGAAAGCAGCCGGGCAGAGCCCGACCUGGAAGACUGCAGUUUUGGCUGCCGCGGAACCUCCCCGCAGGAAAGCCUCUCCUCCAUGUCCCCCAUCAGCAGCCUCCCCACCCUCUUCGAUCAGACCGUGUCCUGUAGCAGCAGCGGGCAGCUGGAGAACGUCCCCCAGGCCACCCCCAACAUCGAGCAGCUCCUGGAGAAGCAAGGCAACGGAGAAGCUGGCGUAAACAUUGUAGAAAUGCUCAAGGCCCUGCACUCCCUGCAGAAGGAGAACCAGCGGCUGCAGGAGCAGAUCAUGACCCUGACGGCUAAGAAGGAGCGGCUGCAGCUCCUCAACGUCCAGCUCUCCGUCCCCUUCCCAGUGGUGACCACCAGCAAUGGCCCUUCUGGCCACGCCCACUACAUCCUGCCUGCCAGUGUGUGCAACAGCGACUCUCUGAGCAUCAACAAGAACUCCCCCUGCAAGAACAGCUUUGGGAUCGAGAACUCCCUCUCCACCUCCUCCGAGGAUCCGCACUCGGGCUGCCCCAGCAGAAGCAGCUCGUCCCUCUCCUUCCACAGCACCCCUCCUCCCCUGCCGCUGCUGCAACAGAGCCCCACCUCACUACCCCUUCCCGGGGUGCAGCAGCAGGUCAACGGCCUGACCAGGGUGACGGCCGGCUCGCUGGGGGGAAGUGCGGCAGCCAGUCAUGGCCUGUCCACAGGGCCCGGGGUGGAUGGCCUGCUGGGGAACCUGGCGGGAGGCCAGCAGGUACCCAUCAAUGGGAUACUGGGGAAUCUGAACGGAGCUCCGGCCGCCCAGCCGCAGAACUCUCUGACGCAGGCGAGCGGGCCCCCCACCCUGCAGCUCUCCAACAGCCUGAGCAGCGUGCCAGGCCUGAGCCCCCUGACGGAGCAGCAGCGGCACGUCCUGCACCAACACGAACACCAGCUGCAGCAGCUGCAGCAGCUCCUGACGUCCCAGCCGCUUAAUCCGGAGCAGCAGGCCUUGGUGUUUCAGAUGAUGCAGCAAAUCCAGCAGAAGAGGGAGUUGCAGCGGCUUCAGAUGACGGGUGCCUCCCAGCUGCCCAUGACCAAUCUGCUGACUGCCACCUCCACACCCCACCUUCACUCGAGCGCCACCGCCCUGAUGACCUCCGCCGCCCCGCCCCCUCCCAGCGGCAGCUCCCUCCUGGCAUCCAUCUCCCCCCAGCAGCUCAACCCCGGCAACAGCCUGAUGGGGACCCCGACAGCCUCGCCCCUGAAUGCUCCAGGGAACAGCCUGAUGAGUUCAGGGACGGGAGUCCCACCAGUCCUUUCCACACAAACCAACCCCUUCCUCAACCUCCAGGUGGACAGCAAUGCCCAGAAAGGAACGAGCAUGAGUGAAAAGGGAGCUGCUGUCACCCAGGACAAGGGCUAAGCCAUCCCAAGCAGACCAGCGGCCCACUCCUCUGCUCCAGGGACACGGCUCUCCGUGGUCACACAUUUGGAUACUUUAGAGCAAUGAGCACAAGGCUUCUGAGAAGCUCUUCCCCACCAUGGGAAGUACCAGGUGGUGCUUUAGAAGACAACUUGUCUCCGGCCAAGACCUGGUAUCGGGUGCCCUUCUAAGAGGAGAGAUGGGGCAGGGGGAGGUCCCUGCCGGUUUGAUCUGUGGCGCACUUGCACAAAGCGAAGUUACACUUCUCCUUGCUAAGCAGAGGGUGAGAGUUCGCCUGUGCCCUGACACCUUCCAGCCUCUUCUCCAUUGCGUGUGUGUGUGUAUGAGUGUGCAUGUGUGUGAGGCCUCCGGGAUGGGGCCCCGAUCCAAGACCACAGAGUAUCCUAGGCCAAGACUGUGGUUGAAUAGUCAUCUCUGCUUGUUUUCUGCACAGAUUCAGACAGCGUGCACCACCCUCUGGGGGGAUGCCAGAUAUGACGCAGCUGGAAAAGUGGGGUGGGGCCAUGGGGGUGGGGGGAGUCAAGAUUCUAUCCCAUCACAUGGGGAAACGAAGAGGAAUAUGAGCUGUGAAAACCCUGCCACAAACCUACAGCAGGGACUUCGCUCCUGCCUGUCGCCUUGUGACCACUCAAGGAGAUGUUCUGCCCUCGGGAACCACCACGCCACCGGAUCCCAAUCCAGUUUGGGAAGACGUGGAUGGCAGACCUCUGGAAGGGGAUUGGGCAUCAGAGGUGAAUGCCACCUUCUUCUUACCCCAGCCUCUGUGGUGGGUGCCUCUGCUGAAGAUUAACCUUAAAGACACUACUGGGACCUCUACGCCAGCUGCAGGGCGAACACCGGUUGGCCAGCUGGGUGCUGUCCCUUCCGCAUGAGAAGCACUCUCCUCCCUCUCACACUCUCUCUCGUUCUGUCCUUCCAAGGGUCUACAGGCCCAGCAUUGCCACUUGAAAAGGGCUAAUGCCAGUACUGCCUACUGCUUGCCCCGCCACAGGGGAUGAGUUCUAACCAGGCCGUCUUCUCGCGGGGCUAAAAUGGCACCAAGGAGGCAGAGGGAGAGAGGGUCUGAAAUCUUUUACUUUUGCUUCCUUACCCACCUCCUGAAUGUGGCUACUCUGGCAGAGAACUUUCUCCCCCAUCGCUGGCACUGGAUAGCCCAGGCCCUGGAAAUGUGGCCAGUCUUCCCAGCCUAGGGCAUUGGAUAGCUUCAUUGCUUCACACUGUCUGGUUUUAACUCCACCGUGAGACCUGGUCCUGUGGCAAAGAAACCUGCUUCCUCUAAGGUUGGACAAUGCAGGGUUGGUUUUUUUGAAGGACAGUUCGGGGAGGGGGAAUCGGCGUCAAACGUUUGAAUUCCCCCUCCCCCGGUUAAAUCUGGAUCUCUCGGGGAGGCGGGGGCGUCAAAACUCCAGCGACUGGAAACACUGUGGGUCUUAAAAAUGUUUUCAGACCUUACUGGAUACAAAUGAUUUUCAGCACACUCCCAGCGCCUCGUCUGGUUUGCACUAUUCAAAUUUGUCAGCGGUGGGUCUGUGCUGAUGCUGGUGGAAAAGCUCAUCACCGUUCGACUCCGUCUAUUAAACCCAUUUCACGUUUGUUCUUUGAUUUGAUUUUAAAAAUUGUUGCCCCAAUGGCUGAGCAGAACUAACAGCAGAAAGCGCCCCUCCAGGGGUCUCGCUUUCUGUUCUGUGAACCGGGCAGAACAAUGCUCUCUGUUCGGAAAGCUAUUGGGUAGGGUUUUUUUAAGCUAUUGUUUAAAAACAAGAAGAAGCUACUGGAAGGAUGGAGAUGGCAGCUAUAAAAGUGAAAAUGGGAAAAAGAGUAGUUUUGCUGUCAUCCUUAUGGUCUCUGCAAUACCUGUAGGAGAGGCUGCAAAAUGUGAUUCGAGUGAAUGUUCCUUCUCUCUCCCCAGCCACCUCCUGAGUGAGUUAAGAAUCAAGAUGUGCCAGACUUCCAUCUGCCUGGCACACGUCACAGCCUGGAACACUGAAUUCCGUUUUUCACUCGCCUGAUGGUUUUUUGUUUGCCCCUAACCCUGCGUUGCACGAUUCUGUGCCUGCACUUUUUUAUGUGUAAUUUUUUUCCCCUCUGCAAGUGGGGGGCUCCCUCCUGCAAGCCCUCCCCCCACUGGAACAGUGAUACAGGGCGCCAUGUUUCCACAUGCGGCUUGGGUGAUCUGAUGCCGACCUGGUGUGUGCAUUGGAGGAUCCAAGCGGGCCUGUGGGAUCCCACCCGUGAAAAGCAGCACGUGCAAAAUUGCAAUUUCAGAGGCUGCUGCGCCGAAAACCAGCCCCGAAAUAUUCUGCCAGCUGCCAUCCUGGGCUGGUUUUAGGGUGACCAGAUGUCCGAAUUUUAUAGGGACAGUCCCGAUUUUUGGGUCUUUUUCUUAUAUAGGCUCCUAUUACCCCCCACCCCCAUCCCGAUUUUUCACACUUGCUGUCUGGUCACCCUAGCUGGUUUGUUCCUUUACUGUAGAACUCCAGAUCCGAGUUGCCAUCUACCCCCCUGUUAGGGCAACGCAGUAGGGGGAGCAUUUCACUUCCUGGCCUCUUUUUCAUUCCAGCCAGUUCUACUCACGAUGUAACAAGUUCAUUUUCCAGGACAAAUGAAAGCGAAUCCAAGGAGUCUGUUUCCCAACCACCAUCUCCAUUGGUGUUGGUUCCAUUCAAAGCCUGGUUCGGUGGAUUUCUAGCUACCCCUGUGUGUAUUUAACACAUAUAUUUUUGUUGGCAAACUAAGCCUCCGAGCUCUAAGGCAGCUUCGUAGAUCAGACAUAGGCGAGGUUGAGGAUUAGAGGAAGGAAGAGAUAGAUAGCACUUAAAGAAAAGAUUUCUCUGGCUUCUUCCAAAAGCACCUGGUCCCUUUAAAGUAAGCUCCUUGCCUGGUCCUGUCAGGAGAUUAGGAUGAGUUAAAGGGCCACUAUUGGAAGGUUGACAUUAAACUUUGUAACUGCGUGAAAAAGAGGAAGAGGAGAAAAAAAUAUAAAAGCUAAAGAUGAUCUGUGUUUCGGUUGCACUGGGGUACAUGGUUCUUUACCCGUUUUAAGGCUAAUGUCACAUUUAGUAUGUUGCAUGUGUCUUUUUUUAUUAUUAUUAAAUAAAAGAGAAAAAAUGUGUAUAUUUUUGGCAAUUUAAGGUAAUGUAGCUAAGAUAUAUUUUUUUCACGCUGCUUGACUGUUCUUUAUUAUAAUAAAUAAUAUUAAUAUUAAUAUUGAAGACCUUUUUGAUACAUUUAGGGUUUCAGAUUUUAACUAAGGAAGGGGGUCGUGUGUUGGAGAGGCGAAAUAUAAAAAUAUCUUAGUUUCCGUUAAAGCUACCAACAGUGUCUGAAUCAUCUGUGUAAAAGGAAAAAAAAUGUUGCUCCUAAUUUAUUUUAAGGUUCCAUUUCUAUAGAUGUUUUAAUAAAUGGAUUAAUCAAUUGUUAUUGGUUGUUUUAGAGUCCAGUGAGUUAAUAGGUUGCUUCUGACCAGCUGUCGCACCUUCUACUGGUGUGUUUAUAACCCUCUCUAAGACAUGCUAUUCAUCCUUAUGACACCGCUUACGAACUAUUGAUAAAUGAAACCUUACUAUAAAGUAUGACCUAAAUGUUA